UGCGAUGAUCCCCUUUGAAGUUUGCACUGAAAGACGACAGAAAAGUCAUUGGGGGGUGCGUGCAUUCGUGCGUCACAGUUCAAGACAAGCCUGUUGAAACUGGCAAAUUCCGGCUAAACGAAACGCUUUACAUUGGUGGCUGGAUACAGAUUAGUUUUAAAAUGAGCCUGGAUACUUUCUUUAAGCAGAUUUUACUGACUGAGCAGCAGGUGUCCGAGAACUGUCGAAAGCUUCAAGAAGCGAAGUUUGCGAUUGCAAAUGGUCAAGAACAGGUUAAAGUCCAUAAAGAACAGCUGGACAGCCUAACUGAAGAAUUAAACAAGAAGGGUUAUCUUCUUACUGAGCUGACUUUGCAGCGUAACCUUCUAAAACAGCUCAGUGAAGAGCUGGAAAGCAGAAGAAAUGAGAUUCAACUGCAGCAGCAGAGGUUCAGGGAUGACCAGGAGACACUGAAGAACUGGGAGGUGGAAGAACAAAAGGCAUUCCUGGCGGAAGUCAGAGUGUUCAACAGUGAGAAUUGUGUGCUCAGUCGGAGGCACACGGCCCGGCAUCAUAAAAACUCUGCUGAAAUGAUCAGAGUGACCCAGGAGGCCCAUGACUUGUGUAAAGACUUGGAAGCAGAAGUUAAGGAGGCCGUUUCCCUGACAACCUCCCUGAAAGCUGAGAAAAUGGCAGUUAGCAGGAAGCCUCUUGAAGACAAACUUUGCCUGAGACUAAAGGAGGAGGUGGGCUUGCACAAGGAGGAAAACCUUCUCCUCCAGCACCAACAUCUAUCAGCCAAAAUACAGCUACUGGAAAAGGUAAAGGACUCCCCGUAUGAAAAAUAAAUGCAUGAAACUAACAAAAUGCUUUAUAUGGGGUUGAGGAGUCUACUAUAAAAAUGGUCCAUUUUUUUGUUUUCCUCGUAUAAGGAAGGCACACAUGAAACACCUUGUAAGUGGGUAUAUUUUCCUCUGAGAAGCACUUGAGUUGUCAUAGGAUCUCUGCAAAAUACUGUCGUUGAGAAAGGAAGGUCACUCUUAUUCUUUCAUGAUUGUACUAUUGGGCCUUCAGGUUUGUAAUAUUCUGAUAUGAAUGA